GGGCUUGGGGUUGGAAAGGGAGUUCCCUGGUCCACACUGCUGUGAGUUCGCACGUUAAAAACAGAGGGUGAAAACCCCCCUAGCCCACGGGGACAGAAACACCGAAAUAAACGGCACGGAUUAACGGAUGAGAUUGACAGCCGAAACGCGCGGUUGGGAGAAUUUGUAACAUUGAACAUAUUUGACGCAGCGCUGUUAUAAACAAACCCCGGUUGAUUCUGCAGACAGAGACACGGAGGUAUUCUCUACCCCCCUCCCUUUGACUCGUUACUAUUCCUGCAACAUUACCUCAACUUUCCUGUCGGGUUUAUUUGGGAUACUACUACCUGAACCGUUUUGGAUUUAAGAACCUCCUAAUUAGGCUACUGUCCUCCGCUGUGUUCCCGCUCCUGGGUUUGGACUAACGUUUUGGAUUAUUUACUAUUUCUGCUGCUGUGGUGAACACUUGUAACCUUCAAGGAUCUCUCAAGAGUGAUUUUGAAGGUGCGCUGACCGGUAGGUUACGAUUGGUUUACGGUGGUUACUUUCCAAGACGGGCCUCGUCUCUUCUCUACACCGCUCACGGCAUCAGGUGGCCGGCCACUGCAGAGAGAGAGAGAGAGAGAGUGGUCUAACGCACAGCGUCGCUCUGCCUCGGAGGAAAACGCAGACUCGUCAUUGUGUGUGUGUGUGUGUGUGUGUGUUGGAGUGAUAGAGAGAAAGGGAGAGUGAGAGGAAGGGAGAAAAGAGGGAUUGAGUGUGUGUGUGCGUGCGAGGUGUCGCUUGGACAGACGCAGUGGAAACAUUCCCGUUUUCUUCUCUUCUCCCCCACACACACACACACGCAGUCUCGGAGAGCUCUUUCACCGAAAACACACACACGGAGUGUGAUUCUAAGCACGGGGCUCUUCCCGGUGUUAAACGGACGUCUGAAGGGAAAUCAAUACCUCAGCCACGUUGACCUGCACGAGAUCACGAUUUCUUCGCUCUGCGCGUGCUGUGAAUACAACAGCCAAUCACUCACCCACCUCGCGCUGUGUCUAAUCUCACCUGUGUGGUGUGUGUGAGAGGGCGAGUGUGUGUGUGUUCGCCAAAGGUUCAUUAGGAGGUGUUUCUUGGGUUUACCGUGUAUACAUCGCUUCACACGGAAGGGAAUUUACCGCACUGCAUGCCGCGGCCAUGUGGGAGAACUUUGUGCCGCUCUAGCGCCAGUUGUCCGUCUACCAGCCUGCCGCCCUGCCGCACUCUCUUUCCGCCCUGCCGCACUCUCUUUCCGCCCGGCCGCUGUCAUCCAGACUUGCGGGUUUCUUCUGACAUGUGAUUUUUAUAUACUACAAUAAAACCGCAAACGAGGAGGAGCAAAACACACAAAAGAAACACACAACAGAAAGAGAGAAAGAGUUGGAAUCCUCCUCGUGGGAUUUUAACUCCUCCUGUGGAUUUACAACCCUUCGGUGACUCCUCGUCUCCUCUCCUUGGUAGGCUACCAAACCAGUCCACUGCAGUGAUAAUGUCCCUACGGUCGAGCCUCCUUGCUCCGGCCUCAGCUCUGGGUCUGUGUCGCUGUCUGCUGGCUGUCCUGGUUGUCCUGGGACUGUCCAGCCGGGCAGAGGGCCAGCCAUGCCCGGCGCAGUGCUCCUGUUCCGGCUCUACUGUGGACUGUCACGGCCAGGGUCUCCGCAGCGUUCCCAGGAAUAUACCACGCAAUGCAGAGAGACUGGAUCUGAACGCUAAUAAUCUGACUAAAAUCACCAAGGCCGAUUUCGCUGGACUGAGGAAUCUGCGUGUGCUUCAGUUGAUGGAGAAUAAGAUCAAUCUGAUAGAGAGAGGAGCCUUCCAGGACCUGAAGGAGCUCGAGAGACUCCAGAACUGAGGAAACCAGAUCCAGACUCUUAAAGAAUGUCCAUCACACCCUCAACCACACUCAGACAGACAGGUUCGACAGGUUAGACAGACAGACUGUCUCUCUCUCUCUGACCUGUAACUAACAGUGUUCCAUCAGUGUUCCAUCAGUGUAACUAACACUCUGUCAGGACAUCAGUGUUCCAUCACAGCAUUCCAUCAGCGUUCCAUUAGUGUAACUAACACUCUGUCAGGACAUCAGUGAUCCAUCAGUGUUCCAUCAGUGUAACUAACACUCUGUCAGGACAUCAGUGAU